AUGGAGCAAGAAGCUACACUAAAUCACGGCGGCGAGCCGAACCCAGUUGACACUACUGGCUUAUGCCUACUGUCCCUGGAUGGCGGCGGCGUGCGGGGCCUCUCGUCACUCUACAUCCUCAAGAGCAUCAUGGAUCGACUAAACCAUGCCCGGAAGCAGAUCAAACUCCCUCCAGUGAAGCCGUGCGAAGUGUUUGACCUUAUCGGAGGCACAAGCACUGGAGGCCUCAUCGCGAUCAUGCUCGGCCGGCUCGAGAUGGAUGUCGACAAGUGCAUUGACGCGUACAGCGAACUUGCCGCAGCAGUGUUUGGCAAGAAGCUGAGCUCGUUCCCUGUCAACCUUAAGGGCGAUAUCAAGGCGCGGUUCGACUCGACGAAGCUGGAGAACGCAAUCCGGAAGGUAGUGGAGGACAGCGGGGCAUCUCAGCAGGACCUGUUUAAUAACGGCGCUGAACGCGGAUGCAGAACCUUCGUUUGCACCGCCGACCGUCACACAAAGGGCAUCAUCGGUGACCGCUCGUUUGCCGACGGCGGACUAGGCGCAAACAAUCCUGUGGACGAGGUAGAGGGUGAGGCGUCGAACAUAUGGUGCUCUGAGACGGGAGACCUGAAGCCGCUGGUCAAGUGCUUUAUCUCGAUUGGAACAGGGAACCCAGGCAAGAAACCAUUCGAAGAUAGUAUGAUUAAGUUCCUCGGGCAGACAUUGGUGCAGAUUGCCACUGAGACGGAAAACAUGGAGAAAAGAUUCAUAGCAAGAUGGGCCCGGCAUUUCGAUGAGAAGCGGUACUUCAGGUUUAAUGUCGAGCAGGGGCUGCAGGAAAUUGGGCUUGAGGAGUACAAGAAGAAGGGGCCGAUACAAGCAGCGACGGAGGGCUACCUCACGCAUAUAACACAGAAGUUCCGAGUAAGGGACUGCAUUCUGAAUAUGAGACUCAAAGAGAACAAGACUGAGACUUACUUUGCCGCUGUUAUACAUGAAUAUAUCGUCCGCACCAUUCGACGGCAGUCAGUUCACCUCUUUCACGUACCGUUACAUCUUACCGCUGUGCCAGUGAUUGAAAAUUUCGUGGGACGGCGAGCCGAACUAGACGAGCUAUGGCAGUAUUUACAGCCGACGAAUUCCCAGUUGCGAAAAGUUGCGAUUCUUCAUGGGCUUGGGGGGAUAGGAAAGACCCAGCUAGCGAUUCGCUUCGCACGAGACCACAAAGACGAUUUUACAGCCAUCUUCUGGCUGAGUGGCAAGGAUCGAGGCACAAUCUUGCAAUCUUUGAGCUCUGUCUUUCCCCGAUUACCAGGACAGUCACCGCAUACGAAAGCGGUCAAUGACGAGGAGGUGGAGCAACGAGCAAGGUAUGUCCUACGCUGGCUCGCAUUGGAAGGAAACUCAUGCUGGCUCAUCAUUUUUGACAACAUCGACCAAUACUCCCCUACCAGUAGCGCUGCUGGUAAUGCAUACGAUAUUGCAGAAUUCUUCCCUGCGGCCGAUCAUGGCUCCAUUCUCAUUACCUCCAGGCUCCCAAAGUUGACUGAACUAGGGGAAUCCUUCCCGGUCAUUAAACUGGACUCCGAUGAUGCAAUCAAACUACUCUUGCAAUGCAGCCAUUUAUCAACAAAGAAUACUAUUAGCCGUCCUGAAAAUGAUCCAGAUACCCUUGCUCUUGCUAAUCGACUAGACGGACUUCCAUUGGCAAUCGCCAUCGCUGGCGCCUUCAUGCGUAAAACUGGAGCCAGCAUCACUGAGUACUGGAAGUAUUACCAAGAAUCCUGGUCCGAGUUACAGCUGGAAUCAAAUCCUGAGCGCCAGUACCCACAGGGAAAUAUGUUACAAACGUGGAUGAUCUCAUAUUGUGAGAUACAAAAACGGGACGCAGAUGCAGCAAAGCUACUACUUUUAUUUGCUCGUUUUGAUAAUCGAGAUAUCUGGUAUGAAUUGAUAAAUGGCAGCCGCUACAGCCCGAAUGUCCCAAUCUGGCUGCAAAGGACUAUAUCAAGCGGACUGGCGUUCAAAGCAAGUGUUAAGACGCUCAUUGGGUUUUCUCUCCUCGAGACAAAGGGGCAAGAUGAAAGCUACGCCUUGCAUCCAGUGGUACAAGACUGGUGCAUUUACCUUGCCAGUAUAGACAAAGAUGUGGAUUUUAGGAAGUUCGAUGAACUGGCGCUAAUAUCCGUAGGGUACUCUGUCCCCAGCCCAAGUGCCAGAAAUUACGCCCAGCUUCAGCAGCGGCUUAUUCCACACGCGAAUUACGUACGGCAUAGGGUUUGGUGGGGAGAUAAUAUUGCAGUAUGGGAAGCAUUUCUGCUUUUGGGGAACGUCUACAGGGAUCAGGGGAAGCUGCAAGAUGCAGAAGAGAUGUACCAGCGAGCACUGGCAGGCUACGAGGCGGCUCUGGGUUCACAUCAUCCGUCCACUCUUAUUGCAGUUAACAAUCUUGGGGCUCUCUAUUUUGGCCAGGGGAAGCUGCAAGAGGCAGAACAAAUGUACCAGCGAGCACUCACAGGCCACGAGCAAGCUCCCGGUCCAGAUCAUCCGUCCACUCUUGAUACAGUCAAUAACUUUGCGAUUCUCUACUCUGAUCAGGGGAAGCUGCAAGAAGCAGAACAGAUGUUCCAGCGAGCACUAGCAGGACGCGAGAGGGCCCUCGGUCUAGAUCAUCCGUCCACUCUUGAUACAGUCAACAAUCUUGGGAUUCUUUGUAGGAAUCAAGGAGAAAUGCGAAAAGCAGAAGAGCUGUUCCAACGAGCACUGGCAGGCUACGAAAAGGCUCUCGGUCCCGAUCAUAUGUUCACUCUUAAAGCGGUUAAUAACCUUGGGGCUCUUUACUCUGGUCAGGGGAAGCUGCAAGAGGCAGAAGAGAUGUAUCAGCGAGCACUAGCAGGCUACGAGAAGGCUCUCGGUCCAGAUCAUACGUCCACUCUCCUUACAGUCGACAACCUUGGGGCUCUCUGCUCUGAUCAAGGGAAGCUGCAAGAGGCAGAAGAAAUGUACCAGCGAGCACUAGCAGGCUACGAACAGGCUCUCGGUCCAGAUCAUACCUCCACCAUUGAUACAGUCAACGGUCGCUGGGCGGAUCUUGAGGAGAAGGACUGGCUAGAACUCGAAGAUUCAUAUCUCGAGUUAUUUGUGAAUGCGCAGGGCAAGAAGGUCUGGAUGGACGGCGCGAUGGCCUCAACCAAUGAGGAUUUUGAGUGGGAGGUUUGA